AUAACUGAGUUUCUUUAUUUCUCUUUAUUUUCCCAGUUGGGAGGCUGUGGAAUCCUUGGAGUAGGCAUCUGGCUGGCUGUCACCCAAGGGAACUUUGCCACCCUCUCCUCUUCUUUCCCGUCCCUGUCAGCUGCCAACCUGCUGAUCGUCACAGGGACAUUUGUCAUGAUCAUUGGCUUCGUGGGCUGCAUAGGUGCCAUCAAAGAAAACAAGUGCCUCCUGCUGAGUUUUUUUAUCAUGCUGUUAAUUAUAUUUCUGUUGGAGCUCACUGUUGUGAUUCUGUUCUUCGUCUACACCGACAAGAUUGACAAGUAUGCUCAGCGGGACCUGAAGAAAGGGCUUCAUUUGUACGGGACAGAUGGAAAUAUUGGCCUAACCAAUGCAUGGAGCAUCAUUCAAACAGAUUUCAGAUGCUGUGGAGUCUCCAACUACACUGACUGGUUUGAAGUGUACAACACAACCCGGGUGCCCGACUCCUGCUGCUUAGAAUUCAGUGAGAACUGUGGACUCCAUUCCCCAGGGACCUGGUGGAAAGCGCCUUGCUACGAAACGGUGAAAAUAUGGCUCCAGGAAAACUUACUAGCAGUGGGAAUCUUUGGAUUGUGCACAGCUAUGGUGCAGAUUCUCGGACUCACCUUUGCCAUGACCAUGUAUUGUCAGGUAGUCAAGGCAGACACCUACUGCGCAUAGAUACCGUUCCCAGUCUUUCUGCUCCUCCUCCCAAGGACACAGGAGAAUCUCCUUCAUGCUCAUUCAUCUGACUUUUUCCCCCCUUUGUACUAUGAACUGUGUAUAAUGCUAUCUUUCUGAAGCUCUUGUGAAUCACCC